GGAGCGGACGUGUUGACGGUACAAAAAACUGCGAAAGAAGAGUGUGUGUGUGUGAGAGAGAAAGAGAGGGAGAAAGAGACUGUAUUAGAUAGUGAGAUAAGAAAUUGAAAAAAAAAAACCGAAAAGAAACUAAACAUGUCUUGGUUCAGCAAGAAAAAGGAAACUGAUCAAAGCUCAGAAACGGCGCCCAAUUGGUCUCUAGUUGAGCAGGAUCCACGUAAAAAUGUACGAACAACGAGUGCCGCCACCUCAACCACAAAUACAGCGGUGCAAAAUUCGACCAUAUUCGAUCAUAAUAAUCAUACGGUAACUUACCUGUCCACACGACAAACGGUGACGCAUACCCAGCAGGCCAAAGUGACGGAGAUUGUACACCGACGUACACCAAGUCAGGCCGAAUUGGAAGAGCUCUUUGCAAGCAUGCGCAUGGGUAAAGGGGCUACAACGACAACAACAACAACAACAUCAACUGGCAAUUCACGAUCACGACCACCCAGUCUAAACGGUGUGGCUUUGCGUUCAACAACAAAUUUCAAGGCCAAUGCAACAAACUCAUCGGGAGGAGCCAAACGGACUAGCACAAUAGCUAAAACAGAACACACAACGGUGACGCAGAAAAAUGGCAAAACGGUUACUCAGCGUGUGGAAACGCAACGUGUUGAGGUGAAACCGAAGAGCAAAUGGCCACCAUGGUCAACCCAAUCAUCGGCGUCCUCUUCGUCGUCAUCGUCGGCAACAGCGCCAAGUUCAAGUACAGCUCUCAAGCCUUAUGUGUCGCCCUAUGCACACGAGAAACCAUCUGCAUUUGGUUAUGUCUCGACAUAUGGCCAACAGAAUCCAUUGACUACCUCUUUCACACCGUCUACCUCAUUUAAGCCAACUACAUCUAGCAAAAUACUGACCUCUACCUCGGUGCCAAAGCCCUACAGCAGUUACACAGCGCCCACAACAGCGCCCUCGCCCAUUAGCCAUUUUGAUGCCAAGGGCAGCCUUCCUCAGAAACCAUCAACUAGCUCGUCCACUUCUUCCCUAUCCAAGAUAUUUGCCAAGAAAAAACUAAAGCCCGCUCGCGUCUACAUUUUCAAUCAUGAAAAAUUCGACACUGAGAAUGAAUAUCGGGUUGGCAGUGCCCAGGAUGUGAAGGCAUUGCGCAAAGUAUUCGAGCAAUUCAAAUGCAAGGUUGAGGUAAUAACCAAUGGCACAGUUGCCACCGUUAGGAGCACAAUCAGAAUGUUGGAAUCGAAAAGAUUUGAGGAGCAAUCGGCCUUGGUUAUUGUUAUCCUCACUCAUGGAAGACGUCACGACAAGCUUGCGGCCAAAGAUUCGGAUUACUCGCUGGACGACGAUGUCAUUUUUCCCAUUCUACGCAAUCGUACGCUCUCGGAUAAACCAAAAUUAUUUUUUGUUCAGGCCUGCAAGGGAUCCAUGGAAAAGGGAGGCUUUAAAACAGAUGCCGCCCAACCGCAUGGUGCUCCAAAUGAGAUUUACAAAUGCUACAGCACCUAUGAGGGCUACGUGUCCUUUCGCACUGAGGAUGGCACACCAUUUAUACAAACCUUAUGUGAGGCUUUAGAAAGAUCGGGAAAGACAAAAGAUAUUGACUCCAUAAUGACAGAUGUACGAGUUGUGGUUAAACAAGCAACCCAGGAUGGCCAGAUACCAUCGGUAACUAGCACAUUGACAUCAAAAUACGUUUUCGGUGAUUACUUGUAAAAUUCCCGGUACUAUAGAGCCAUUGUAUAGCCAUUUUGUGAUUGCCAUUUACGACAGAUACUUUUGAUUUGUGUUAUCUAUAUUCAAGUCGCACAUAUAUAUUUACAUUAAGUAUUUAACCAAAUAUUAAUUUAAGACAGUAUUUAAUUAUAUUUACACUGAAAUUAUUUAAAGCAUUUAUAUUAAGAUCAUAUUGAGGUUGAUUUUAUGUUAAUAACAUAUUAAGCCGAUAUUCUGACAAUAAUAAUAUUUUUUCAUUCAAUUAUAGCUAAAAGCAAAUGUUCAUGUUUGACAAAAUAAAAUUUAUUCAAAUGA